AUGAGAUAUUUGGACGUCAAUGCUACCGCCCAGCUGAUGCCGCCGCUGCCCCGCUCCUCAGCGCCCAAAGCCCCGACACCCUUCAAGGGGUCACGGCGCCCACAGCCGCCGCGCUCUUCAACGCCGACUCUCUCCUUGGUCUCGGCGGCCGCAUCGGCAGAGAUUCUUCUAUGGUAUCGGUCCACGAGGCAUCCUCUUCGCAGACUGGCGGAAGUUCAGAGCAAACGUGGCAGAAGCGGACCCUUGGAGCAUUCCGUCAUGCGGGAGGUGCUGACAUCUUUCACUCGCAUCCCUCCUUCGGUUCCAAGUUCGUACCACCAUGGAUCCGGAGCAGAAGCGAUGAGGGGCCAGCGUGUCGAAUUCGAAAUGCAGGAUGCUGGCAUCUUCCUGCUUUCAGUGGCACAGGCCUCGAAUGCGGCCGAUAAAUCUCUGGCACUGUUGUGGCUCUACCUUUCGUGGUCUUGGACGCACCAGGAAAGUCUGGCAUGGAGCACUCUAUUCAAGUCUUGA